UUCUUCCAGGACCGGCGGUAGGAGGAGGGACGCGGGGUUGGGCUGGUUAAACGCCGGCAGCGAUUGAAACGCAGCUGCAGCCUCAAAGUACUAGCUGCAGACUGUAUAUUUGGUGCCCGCCGGUUCGCCUACACGUUUUCUCAGAGAGUCGGUAGACGACUGUAGAAAAUGUCUAACGUCAACUGGAAGCCCUUUGUUUUCGGCGGGCUAGCCUCUGUGACGGCGGAAUGCGGGACCUUCCCAAUCGACCUAGCUAAGACGCGUCUUCAGGUUCAAGGCCAAGUGGGCGACAGCAAAUACCGAGAGAUCCGGUACAGAGGCAUGCUCCAUGCUAUCGUCCGGAUUGGAAGAGAGGAGGGGCUCCGGGCACUGUAUUCAGGAAUAGCUCCUGCCAUGCUGCGCCAGGCCUCCUAUGGGACCAUAAAAAUUGGCACAUACCAGAGUUUUAAGCGACUGCUGGUUGACAGACCAGAAGAUGAGACAUUGCUGACUAAUGUGGUGUGUGGUGUUCUCUCUGGUGUCAUCUCCUCCUCCAUCGCCAACCCCACUGAUGUGCUGAAGAUCCGCAUGCAGGCUCAGGGAAAUGUGAUCCAGGGCAGUAUGAUGGGCAACUUCAUCAACAUCUACCAAGAGGAGGGGACAAGAGGGCUGUGGAAGGGUGUCUCUCUAACGGCUCAGCGGGCAGCCAUCGUGGUUGGGGUCGAGCUACCAGUCUAUGACAUCACCAAAAAGCAUCUGAUCCUGUCGGGUCACAUGGGAGACACUGUGUACACACACUUCCUGUCCAGCUUUGUGUGCGGUCUAGCUGGGGCUUUGGCUUCCAACCCAGUUGACGUAGUCCGGACGCGUAUGAUGAACCAGAGAGGAGGAGCUCUGUAUCAGGGAACACUGGACUGUUUACUGCAGACGUGGCGCUCCGAGGGCUUCAUGGCACUCUACAAGGGUUUCUUCCCCAACUGGCUGCGCCUGGGACCGUGGAACAUCAUUUUCUUCCUCACUUACGAACAGCUGAAGAAGAUCGACGUGUGAUUGGCUGAGCGACAAAGCAAAGGAGAGACGAGUAUGAGUUCACGCUCCGAGAUGAACUGAGAGGACCAAAAUCAGGACUGGCUGGAUGGGGAUAGUUACUUUAUGUAACCACUGACGGGAGGUUCAUGUUGACCCGAGUUAAGGCCAAUAUGAGAAUUUGCCUGAUUUCCUGUUUGUCUCCUAAAGCCUGUUGCAAGUGUAGAAGGCACUGUGACACAAACAACAACUCACACCUGGUGUUUUAAGUCAUCCAAAUGCUACUUAUGUCCUAAACGCUCAUUUAAAUUUGAUAUUGGCCCCUUAGAUCCAUGUCACCUAAUUUAUUGACCAAGAAAUUGGAGAGGAUUUUAGGAUGCAACAGCACUCCCAGACACUUGUUUAUUUCAGUCAUAAGCUGUUUUAAAAAUGUCUCUAACAUCACGAGGAAAACACACGAGGGUGUCUUCUACACUUCAAGUGGUCUCCAAAUUGAGUGCCUUACUUUGUGUCUGUCUGCGCCUGAGUUGCAAAAAGACCGAGAAUGUCGGACAGCAAGUGACAAUCGCAGUGAUCAUUCCCUUUUGAAAAGCUAAAAAUGCCUGAUGAGCAUGAGUCAACAAAUUUGGAUGAGGAUCUGGUGUUUUCUCUUUUUUUUUCCCCCCUGUAUAUUUCUAAAUUGAGAAAAGGGUGUGUGGAAAGGUGAAAUGAUUUCUCAUUCUGAGAGUCUCCCUGGAGUAUUUACAGAGUAAAGAAUACAUCACUAUGUCCUGUAACAACAGUAUAGAAACAGACCAGACAGGAAACACAUCACAUGCCCAAAUGUGCCAAGUCCAGUGGUCCCUCAUCCAACAAGGACAGACAGUAAAUAUAACCUCGGGCAGCUGGGGGGUUGACACCGCACCCCCUGGGUCUCUGUGUUAUAGUGUAUGUUGCUAUUAAAAACUUAUUACAGACACAUUAUGUAAUCCUAUAUAUUAUAUCUCACACCCCUCUAAGUUUAGGCCACUGGGACAGAUGAGAGGUGUGUCAUUUGAUGAUGUGUUGCUUGAAGGCACUAAAACCACUGAACAUGAUCCACAGUUAACUCCAGGUAUAUUUUCAUAUACUGUAUUUGCACGCUGUAUGCUUAUCUGUGAGCUUUCAUUGUAAAGAAUGAAUAUGUUGGCUGUGUGAGCUGCCAUUGCUGCCAAAGUGUAAGCCAGUGUAAUUUUGUCAUACUUUUGAUGUGGAUGUAAAUGCUGCUGUGGCUCUGUAUAUUUGAAAUAAAAGAGUAAAAACCCA